AUGGCCGAAGAGAUCCUCGAACCCACUCUUCAAAACAUCCUCGACCAGAAGUCUUUGAAGUGGAUCUUCUGCGGUGGAAAGGGUGGUGUUGGGAAGACCACAACUUCAUGCUCUCUCGCCAUACAGCUUGCUCAGUGCCGUGAAUCUGUGCUCCUCAUUUCCACGGAUCCUGCACACAACCUGUCGGAUGCAUUUGGCCAGAAGUUCUCCAAAGAGGCCACCAAGGUCAAUGGUUUCGAUAACCUCUCCGCUAUGGAAAUCGACCCCACAAGCGCGAUCCAGGAGAUGGUGGAACAAUCGGACUCGAACGGCAUGAUGGGUAGCAUGAUGCAAGACCUCGCAUUCGCAAUCCCUGGUGUAGACGAGGCUAUGAGCUUCGCGGAGAUCAUGAAGCACGUCAAGUCGAUGGAGUACUCUGUUAUUGUCUUCGACACGGCACCAACAGGCCACACCCUACGCUUCCUCUCCUUCCCCACCGUACUUGAGAAGGCUCUUGGCAAGCUCAGCACGCUGAGUGGACGCAUCGGCCCGAUGAUCAGCCAGAUGACGAGCCUCAUGGGAGGUCAAGCCGAUGCACCGGAGGAUAUGUUUGCGAAGCUUGAGUCUAUGCGCGCAAUCAUCACCGAGGUUAACACGCAGUUCAAAGAUCCAGAAAAGACCACCUUCGUCUGCGUGUGCAUUUCCGAGUUCUUGUCGCUCUACGAGACGGAACGGUUGGUGCAGGAGCUUACCGCAUACGAGAUCGACACGCACAACAUCGUCGUCAACCAGCUGCUGUUCCCUAAGCAAAGCUCGAAUUGCGAGCACUGCCAGGUACGGCACAAGAUGCAGCAGAAGUACCUCAAGGAGGCGCACGAACUCUACGACGAGUUCUUCCACAUAGUCCAGCUACCACUACUUACCGAGGAGGUUCGAGGCCCGCAGAAGCUCCAGGAGUUCAGCAAGAUGCUCAUUACGCCAUAUGCGCCGGCCCAGUAG